AUGCUAGAGUGCGGUACUAUAAGUGAAAUCUCUCAGCGUGUAAUUUACAUAAUGUGGUUCAUUGAUAUAAGUCUCGUUGCUCAUCUGGGCGAUAAAGUCCUCUCGGGUCAGCCCACACCGCAUGGAGAAGUUGCACAGAUGGAGGGGCGUGUGAUUGGACUUUAUUCCCAAAUGAGUUGGCGAGACGCGGGCCUUCCAAUCACCGCUGCUCUACUCUGUGGAAUUUCUCUUUGCAGGAUGUGGCACUUCACGGUGACGUUGCUGCUGCUGGCUCUGGCCUCGGCCGAACCCCAGGGAUACAAUUACCCGGAACCCGACAACCAAUAUCUUCCUCCCGCAAAAUGCAACCUUGCUCCUGUCACCUCCGUCGUCUACAACACUCAGCUUCAGACCUCGGUCCGCCUUCAGACCGUCAAUCAAGUUAAUACUCAGUACACAACCACGACCAUUGUCAGGCAACAGGUGGUACCAACCACACUUUUCCAGACUCGUGUUCAGACACAGGUCCAGUAUCAGACCAGCGUUGUUCAACAAACAACUAUUCGUGCUAUUGAGAGGUUUGUCACACAGACCAUUCCCAGUCCACCUGUUGUACAAACUCGUUACGUCACUUCAACCCGUGUGGUGCCACAGGUCAACUACGUCACACGUACACAGGUGCAGACACAGGUGGUUCCUGUCCAGGUAACUAACACUCAGAUCAGGACUAUCAUCCAGCCUCUAACUAAUUACCAAACACAGCAGCGCCAAGCUACCCGUGUUGUCACUGUCCCAGGCCGUGACGUUGUACAAACUCGUGUUCAGACUGUUGUUCAGACCUCCAUUGUCAGGAGCCAACAGCCAGCUAUCACCCGUUUUGUAACAUCAACACGCGUCCAACAGCUACUAAAGACAUCUAUCGUCCGUGGACAGGACGUUCUCAGAACUACUGUUGCUCAGCGUCAACAGAUCAUUCCUUUCACUUCUGUUAACACUCGUUACGAGAAUGUUGUUGCUACUCGUCAACAGCUGCUGACCAAAACCAACAUUGCUACCCAGACACGCAUUCUCACACAGGUGGUGCCCCAAGAGGUGGUGCGUACACAGCUGGUUCCCACCACAAUCUACACUACUCUCUUCGAGACAAGGGUUCAGCCCAUCACAAAAGUGCAGACCGUUGUCAGGACCCUAUACGUCACACCGGUCCCCGUCGUACAAACCCGUCAGGAAGUCAGAACAUCUGUGCUCCAAGUACCCGGUGAAGACCGCGUCGUUAACCGGGAGCUGGUGCAGACCCAACAAAGACAGCAGCUCGUGUACCGCACAGUUGACCAGUCUCGCCAAGUUACCGUCACUCAGACAGUUACUUCAUCUUGUGAUUUCAUCAAAUCUCUUUAUAUUUCGCUUCCCAGUGAACUGUAUGGAAGAAAGAUGAGGACGCUGCUGCUCUCCCUGCUGGUCGGCUGUGCCUUCGGAGCGUCCGUCGAGAGGCCUCGCCGUCAGAUCUUCGGAGCUCGCAUUAACCUCGAGUCCUCCUAUUUGCCGCCAAAGGAAGAAACCCAAUGCAAGCCAUCUGUCGUCUACCGCACGCAGCUCCAAUAUUCUACGGUAGUCAUUCCAUCAACCGUCUACAACACAAACGUCCAGUACAUCACACAAACAUCCGUUCGAACACAGCAAGUCUUCACUACCUUAUACUCACAGAUCGUCCGCACUCAGCAGGUUCCUUCAGUAAGAUACCAAACUCUCACUGUCACCAGCACUCAGGAAAACUUACGCACACAGCUCGUCACUCUUCCUCCUCAGGUCAACUACAUGACUCGUACUCAACAGAGUAUCACAACCCAAGUGCAAUACCAGACACGGUAUGAGACUCGCGUCCAGCAGGUACCUACCACCGUCGUUAGGAACGUCGUCUCAACACAGGUGGUGCCUCAACAGGUUGUCAGCACUGUCUACAGAACACAGACGGUUAUAAGAACACAGCAGUUGCCAGAUCAGACUCGUAUUGUACCUACUACUCAGUACAGCACCCGUUAUUCUACUGUAGUCAUACCUGCACAGAACGUCGUCAGGACUACCCAACUUCUCAGGACCAACGUCGUCACCCAAACCAUCACACAGCCUGGUCAGACUCGAGUCAUCACCUCUACACAGUUGGUUCCUGUCACCACCACCAUCGUCUCGCAGGUGGUUCGCACUAAUACGCAGAUUCAGUAUGUAACACGUACUCAAGUAGAACAGCGAGUCUCCACCGUCGUCCGUACACAGCAGGUGCCACAGUACAACACAAGGAUCGUCACCGUUCCUCAACAGGUCGUGAGGACACAGUUCUCUACCCGAGUGGUUCCUACAACCAUUUUCACUCAGAGAACAGCGUCUUCAUACAUCAACCUUCCCGCUCAGACACGCUACGUCACAGUCACUCAAACCUCCGUCAGGACACAACAAUUGCCCGGUCAGACCCGCAUUCAAUAUAACACCAGAGUCGUCUACAACACCAAUUACGUGACUUCUACCGUAUACAGGGAACAGUAUAACACCGUGACGGCCACCGCUACCGUCAAUGGAGACUGCGGCUACAGCUACCCAGCUCCCGCUCGCGCCUUCAACCCCUUCGCCAACUAG